AUGCUGAAGAGUGUGUUUGGUGUAUACAGCAGCAGCAUCAGCAGCAGCAGCAUAGCAACAGUGGGUGCGUUUUCAGAGGUGGUCCUGGCAGAGGAGAGGUCCACGGGAAAGAUGUUCGCUGUGAAGUGCAUCCCUAAAAAAGCGCUGAAGGGGAAGGAGAGCAGCAUCGAGAAUGAGAUUGCCGUUCUACGCAAAAUUAAGCAUGAGAACAUAGUGGCGCUGGAGGACAUCUAUGAAAGCUCCAAUCACCUCUACCUUAUAAUGCAGCUUGUGUCUGGAGGCGAGUUGUUCGACCGGAUCGUGGAGAAAGGUUUCUACACUGAGAAAGACGCCAGUACACUUAUCAGACAAGUACUUGAUGCUGUAAACUACCUCCACAGUAUGGGCAUCGUACACAGAGAUCUAAAGCCAGAGAAUCUGCUCUAUUUCAACCCUCAAGAUGGCUCAAAGAUCAUGAUCAGUGAUUUCGGUCUGUCUAAGAUGGAGGGGACAGGUGAUGUCAUGUCCACAGCCUGUGGAACACCGGGAUACGUGGCUCCAGAAGUUCUCGCUCAGAAGCCAUACAGUAAAGCUGUGGACUGCUGGUCUAUCGGCGUCAUUGCCUACAUCCUACUGUGUGGUUACCCUCCCUUUUAUGAUGAGAAUGACUCCAAACUCUUUGAGCAGAUCCUGAAAGCGGACUAUGAGUUCGAUGCGCCGUACUGGGAUGAUAUAUCUGAUUCAGCAAAAGACUUCAUCAGUUGUUUGAUGGAAAAGGACCCCUCAAAGCGAUACACAUGUGAACAGGCCCUUCGACAUCCCUGGAUCGCGGGAGACACCGCACUCUGCAAGAACAUCCAUGAGUCCGUCAGUCGACAAAUGCGCAAAAACUUUGCGAAAAGCAAAUGGAGACAAGCCUUCAACGCCACGGCCGUGGUUCGCCACAUGAGGAGACUGCAGUUGGGCAGUAGCAUGGGGAGCAGCAUGGACCAAUCGACCAACGCCAACCAGAACCGCAUACUGAACGCCAACCAGACUCCAACCCUACCACCCAACACAACACCAAACUCCACUUCAGCCCUUACUCAAAACCACAAACCUGCUCCCAACGCAAAUACCGUUCUCAUUAAUGAUAUGGCCACAGGAACCACCUCUAUACCACGCAAAGACUGUACUGCCCCUCCCCACACUUCCUGUUCCCUGGCAUCAGCUGCUUCCUCCUCUGCCUCAGGGGCGGAGCCCUGCAGGCCACUCCCUCCCUCAGUUGCGUCUGUGAGCACAGUGCUAACUGGGACCAAGUGACGCCAGGUUCUGUGGGGAGAGAGCUGGGAGGCCACCGCCCUGUGAGCCCCACCCCUCAGCCCACUCCCCGCCCUGCCGUCCAGUAAGGCAGAGGACUGACCCAUCGCCAUAGCAACCACCGAGAGGCUAAAAACACUGCGCGCACCUAACGCACUCCUGCCAUUUAACCUCCAGGCCACUAGAGGGUGCAAUGCAUGCAGCGACAGGAGAUGGAGAUUUCCAGCAGAAGGCUUCCAUUUUGAGAAGUGAAUUUGUGCGGCUAGACAGAACUGUGAUGUCUUUGAUAUGAAUGUGCAACGAACCUCGCCAGCCAUGAAAAAAAAUGAACGAAGAGCGCAGAGGUUUAGGUGCGAAAGUGUGCAUGAUUGUGUCCGCCCUUAUAAGAGGACGGCACCAAUGUCAAACGAUUCUUCUUACUAUAUCGUAAUAUGUCUAGCUCUUCCCUCUUACCCUCUGUUUUCCCCGUUUACUUUAUCUAUCUACUCACGAUUUAUUGUAUUUCUCGUUAGCUACCAUUUUGAUCUUUCGGGGUUUUCCACUGAUGUGUCAUGCUGACCUGCAGAAGUGCUUUUAAUAAUCACAUUAGACUGUUUUGCAACAUUUUUCGAGUCGAGACUUCUGUUUGCACAUACAAGAGAACAAGUAGCGCAAUUGCUAGUGUUUUACGAGAUGGGAGAUUACCGAUUUGAGACCUCACCGUCAGGUUUUAGCAUCGCGAAGUUCAAGAUAUCUUUUAAAACAUACAAUAUGUAUGAUUGUUAUCUUACUUAACUGGACUUUUUUUAAAAAGCAGAGG